AUGCUAGUCGCCACAGCAUUAGCUGUCCUUUCUAUCCCCUUCGUCGAAGGCAGCUGCAUACACGAAUCUCCGUUAACAAACCUCCGUCGUAGCCCCCAGAUUGCAGGACGUGAUGUACCCGUCAAUAAUUUCAGUUACAUCGGAGUCACUGGCCCUCUUGGCUGGACCGGCCUCAGCACCGCCAAUGUUAAUUGCUCAACCGCCAACGUCCAAUCGCCCAUUAAUAUCGACCAAAGCAUCAUCUCCCUCUCGACCUCCAAUCCGCAGAUAAAUAUUCCCAACGUCGGGUCAGCCGAAUUUGAGAACCUUGGCACGACGGUAGAGGUCGUCAUUAAUGGGACGACGACGUUCGAAGGAAAGACUUACAGCCUGAAGCAAUAUCAUUUCCAUACACCCGCGGAACAUCUCAUCGACGCCCAAUUUUAUCCCAUGGAAGCUCACUUUGUCCACACUGCCCUUGAUGGCACCUAUCUUGUUCUCGCCGCCCUGUUUGAAUUAUCUCUCAACGGCACCAAUGCUAAAUUCCUAGAUCCUCUUCUUUCCGGUCCUUUACAGGCAAUCGAGAAACCUGGAAGCUCGGCUUACACGGGCCCGCUCGACUUCUCCGACAUCACAAAGUUCUUUACAACCGUUCCCUUGUUCAAAUACACCGGAUCCUUAACCACACCCCCAUGCACCGUUGGUGUCACAUGGCUCGUGGCAGGGACCUUCCUCCCAGUCACGCCGCAAGCGUUCUUGGGGUUCAAGAGUGUUUUGAAGUUUAAUGCGAGAUAUGUGCAGAAUACCCCGGGGCAGCAGAAUUUGAUUGAGUUGGCCGCAAGUCAGUUGCCGAAAUAG